AUUUGAAACUGAACCAAUUCUCAUUAAAUUCUUGUAUUUAAAUAGUUAAAGAAUUUUGAGUAUCAGAAUUUUUCAGUGUAAAGUGAUCAAAAGUGUUCAUUCCGAAUAGAUUAUUCUGAUUUUCUUAUAACAACUCCAGCUAAUUAUCAUGUCUUCUCCACAGCAAAUUGCCGACUCGUUUCAACAGGCAUUGAACCUUUCUAGUUCUCCCAAUGGAACCAAUGCUGUUUCGACUUCUCCUACUCAACUGUACUUGUCGCAGUACAUGCAGUUGAACCAGAAGCCUACCAAGGCAUUGAAGCCAUUCUCCACCGGAGACAUCAAGAUCUUGUUGUUGGAAAACGUCAACCAGACUGCCAUAAAUAUUUUCCACAACCAGGGCUACCAGGUUGAGUUCUAUAAGAGCUCGUUGCCUGAAGAUGAGUUGAUUGAGAAGAUCAAGGACGUGCAUGCCAUCGGUAUCAGAUCCAAGACCAAGUUGACCCAAAAGGUUUUACAGCAUGCCCGCAAUUUGGUCACUAUUGGUUGUUUCUGUAUCGGUACCAACCAGGUCGAUCUUGAGUUCGCUGCAAAGUCGGGUAUUGCUGUGUUCAACUCUCCUUUCUCCAACUCCAGAUCCGUUGCUGAAUUGGUUAUUGCUGAAAUCAUCACUUUGGCUAGACAAUUGGGUGACCGUUCGAUUGAAAUGCACACUGGUACCUGGAACAAAGUCUCUUCCAAAUGCUGGGAAAUCAGAGGUAAGACUUUGGGAAUCAUUGGUUACGGCCAUAUCGGUUCCCAGUUGUCAGUCUUGGCUGAAGCCAUGGGUAUGAAUGUUAUCUACUACGAUAUCAUGAUGAUUAUGUCAUUGGGUAACUCCAAGCAGGUUGACACCUUAGACGACUUGUUGUCCAGAGCUGACUUUGUCUCGUGUCACGUUCCUGCCACUACAGAAACAAAGAAUUUGUUGAGUGGUCCUCAGUUCGCUGCUAUGAAAGAUGGCUCUUAUGUAAUUAACGCCUCCAGAGGUACCGUUGUAGAUAUCCCAGCUUUGGUUCAGGCCAUGAAGGCUGGAAAGAUUGCCGGUGCUGCCUUGGACGUGUAUCCUAACGAACCAGCCAAGAACGGUGAAGACUUGUUUGUCAACUCGUUGAACGACUGGGCUUCGGACUUGUGCUCGUUGAGAAACGUCAUUUUGUCGCCUCACAUUGGUGGUUCUACAGAAGAGGCCCAGUCGGCAAUUGGUGUUGAAGUCGGUUCUGCCUUGACCAAAUACAUCAAUGAAGGUAACUCUACUGGUGCCGUCAACUUCCCAGAAGUCUCGUUGAGGGCCUUGGACUUGGACCAGCAAAACACUGUCAGAGUUUUGUACAUCCAUCAAAACGUGCCUGGUGUUUUGAAGACUGUCAACAACAUCUUGUCCAACCACAAUAUCGAGAAGCAGUUCACUGAUUCCCAGGGCGAAAUCGCCUACUUGAUGGCCGAUAUCUCUGAUGUGGACAUCACCGAUAUCAAGUCAUUGUAUGAACAAUUGGAACAGACUCCAUACAAGAUCGCUACCCGUUUGUUGUACUAAAUUAUAUAAAUGUUCUAAAAAUCUACCUAUGCGUAUAUACUAAUUAAUGCUACUAUAG